AAUGGGGAGGUUGCGGGGCGGAGCUCAAGGUCACGUGACUGGUUAGGCUCGCCCCGCCCCCUUGCAGCUGAAGACUUCGCCUCCCGCAGUGACCGAGCCUCUGGGUCUGUGGUCCGUACAGUUUCUGCACCUCGCGCCCUAGCAGGUAAAUUAACAUGAUGGAUUUCUCCAAGCUACCCAAAAUAAUUGAUGAAGAUAAAGAAAGCACAUUUGGUUAUGUUCAUGGGGUCUCAGGGCCUGUGGUUACAGCCUGUGACAUGGCAGGUGCAGCCAUGUAUGAACUGGUGAGAGUGGGUCACAGUGAGUUGGUUGGAGAAAUUAUUCGAUUGGAAGGUGACAUGGCUACUAUUCAGGUGUAUGAAGAAACUUCUGGUGUGUCUGUUGGCGACCCUGUACUCCGCACUGGAAAACCUCUCUCUGUAGAGCUCGGUCCUGGAAUUAUGGGAGCUAUUUUUGAUGGUAUUCAAAGACCUUUGUCAGAUAUCAGCAGUCAGACCCAAAGUAUCUACAUCCCCAGAGGAGUAAAUGUGUCUGCUCUUAGCAGAGAUGUUAAAUGGGAUUUUACACCAUCCAAAAACCUACGGGUUGGUAGUCAUAUCACUGGUGGAGAUAUUUAUGGAAUUGUCAACGAGAACUCUCUCAUCAAGCACAAAAUCAUGUUACCCCCACGAAAUCGAGGAACUGUGACUUAUAUUGCCCCACCUGGGAAUUAUGAUACCUCUGAUGUUGUCUUAGAACUUGAAUUUGAAGGUAUAAAGGAAAAGUUCAGCAUGGUCCAGGUAUGGCCUGUUCGUCAAGUUCGUCCUGUCACUGAGAAGCUGCCAGCCAAUCAUCCUUUGCUGACUGGUCAGCGAGUCCUUGAUGCCCUUUUUCCGUGUGUACAGGGAGGAACUACUGCAAUCCCUGGAGCUUUUGGCUGUGGAAAGACAGUGAUAUCACAGUCUCUCUCCAAGUAUUCCAAUAGUGAUGUGAUCAUUUAUGUAGGAUGUGGUGAAAGAGGAAACGAGAUGUCUGAAGUUCUCCGGGACUUCCCAGAGCUCACUAUGGAAGUUGAUGGUAAGGUAGAGUCAAUCAUGAAGAGGACAGCUUUGGUAGCCAAUACCUCCAAUAUGCCUGUUGCUGCUAGAGAAGCCUCUAUUUAUACUGGCAUUACACUAUCAGAAUAUUUCCGGGACAUGGGCUACCAUGUCAGUAUGAUGGCUGACUCUACCUCUAGAUGGGCUGAGGCCCUUAGAGAAAUCUCGGGUCGCUUAGCCGAAAUGCCUGCAGAUAGUGGAUAUCCCGCAUAUCUUGGUGCACGUCUGGCUUCUUUCUAUGAGCGAGCAGGCAGAGUGAAAUGUCUUGGAAAUCCUGAAAGAGAAGGAAGUGUCAGCAUAGUAGGAGCAGUUUCUCCACCUGGUGGUGAUUUUUCUGAUCCAGUUACAUCUGCUACUCUUGGUAUUGUUCAGGUGUUCUGGGGAUUAGAUAAGAAACUAGCUCAACGUAAGCAUUUCCCCUCUGUCAACUGGCUCAUCAGCUACAGCAAGUAUAUGCGUGCCUUGGAUGAGUACUAUGACAAACAUUUCACAGAGUUUGUUCCUCUGAGGACCAAAGCUAAGGAAAUUCUUCAGGAAGAAGAAGACCUGGCAGAAAUUGUACAGCUUGUGGGAAAGGCUUCUUUAGCAGAAACUGAUAAAAUCACUCUGGAGGUAGCAAAGCUUAUCAAAGAUGACUUCCUACAACAGAAUGGAUAUACACCUUAUGAUAGGUUCUGCCCAUUCUACAAGACAGUAGGGAUGCUGUCCAACAUGAUUGCAUUUUAUGAUAUGGCCCGUAGAGCUGUCGAAACCACUGCCCAGAGUGACAAUAAAAUCACAUGGUCCAUCAUCCGUGAGCACAUGGGGGAGAUCCUCUAUAAACUUUCCUCCAUGAAAUUCAAGGAUCCAGUGAAAGAUGGUGAAGCAAAGAUCAAGGGUGACUAUGCACAACUUCUUGAAGAUAUGCAGAAUGCAUUCCGAAGCUUAGAAGAUUAGAACUGUGAUUCCUUUCCUCCUUUGCCUCAGCAAACUCAUAUGUGUAUAUUUUCCUGAAUUUCUCAUCUCAAACCCUUUGCUUCUUUAUUAUUGUGCAGCUUUGAGACUAGUGCCUAUGUGUGUUUUCCUGUUUAUUUGGUAGGUCUUAUAUCAAACAAACAUUCCUUUGCUCCAGUAUUUGAAGGGCCUUCCCCAUUCUUUAUCCGAAGUGGUGAAUGUAGUAAAUAUGAUAUACAAUGGCUGAACUACUGUAAACUUGUAUGUAGGGUGAAAUCCCUCCUUGUUCUAGGUUUGCCCUUUCCUCAUCUCCAUGAAAUUGUAAACAGGACUACUGCAUAUACUCUCUUUGCAGUAGAUUUAGAAUGAAAGGCCAGAUUUUUAAACCUUUUAACGGGUACUUUGUGAAAUGACUUAAUAUCUAAUGUGGUCACUUGCAGCUUAGCAUUUUGCUAAGUAACUACUUUGCAGGAAAUAUUUACUUUUAAUAAACAUUGAUGGUUAAUGUUCCAA